AUGUCGCUGUUGGCGGCACGCUCCGUGGCUCGGCCGCCAGCGUCAUUAGCACGCCUCACAGUCACAACGAGAGCAUCGCCAUGGGCUGGGAGCUCACAAUGCUCGCGCUUCUCGACCAGCGUGCCGGUGCAGAGGCGCCAGAACAGCAUUGCAGCCUCAUACUACCGCGGAGGGACAUCCAGGGCAAUUAUGAUCCAGUGGGACCCCAUUUUCCUGGGUGCAAUUGGCUCACCUGAUCCCUACGGCCGCCAGCUGGACGGGCUUGGGGGCGGCAUCUCGAGCCUGUCCAAGGUCUGCGUCGUAGGACCUUCGACACAUCCAGACGCAGACGUCGACUACACCUUUGUGUCGCUCGGCAUCAAGAACGCCCAUGUGGACUACUCCAGCAACUGCGGCAACAUGACCGCGGCGGUCGGCCCAUUCGCCGUCGACUCUGGCCUCCUCCCGGUUGCCGAGGCUGAGGGAGAGACCACCACCGUCCGCAUCCACAACACCAACACCAAGAAGAUCAUCCACGCGCGUUUCCCCAUGGCCGACGGCGAGGCAGCAUCGAGCGGAGACCUGGCCAUUGACGGCGUCGCCGGGACCGCGGCCCCGAUCGAGCUGCGGUUCAUCGACCCGGCCGGGUCACGAACGGGCAAGCUGCUGCCCACCGGCAAUGCCAUUGACGUGUUUGACGGCGUGCGCACGACCUGCAUAGACGCCGGCAACCCCUGCUGCUUCGUCCAGGCCGCGGAGCUGGACGUCGACGGCAGCCUCACGCCCCAGCAGAUCGACGACCACCCCGACCUCAAGGACCGCCUGGAGUCGAUCCGGGGCCAGGCCGCCGUGAAGAUGGGCCUCGCCGAUUCCGCAUCCUCCGCGCCCGGGUCAGUGCCCAAGAUCGCCAUCGUGUCGAGGCCGCCGUCCGGGUCGGCGGCCGAGGAGGUGAACCUGGUCGCCCGCGCCAUGUCCGUGGGGCAGCCGCACAAGGCGAUCCCCGUCACGGUGGCGCUGGCCCUCGCCGCCGGUGCCAGGACGCCCGGCACGACGGUGGCCGAGUGUGUAUUGCAGUCUGAUGGCGACGGGUCGGCGAUGGUGGUGCAGCAUGCCAGCGGGACGUUGACGGUUGAUGCAGACUUCGAUGGGUCGGGGGACCUCAAGUCGGCGAAUGUGUAUAGAACAGCCAGGAGGUUGAUGGAGGGCAAGGUUUUCUGGAAAUAA